ACCAUAAAAUGAGUGUCAAUUAUUUUAAGAGUAGAUUGAGUACCAAACUUCCAAAGAUCCAUCUUCCAUGUUAGUUUCACAUUAAGUUAAUAACGGUCAAUCUUUUCUUGAUAUAACCACCUACUUAGAACCAACCUGAAGACAAACAACAACCAUUAAUGAAAACACUUGAAUAGUCUACUUAACCCAAAAUUUUAAACCAAAACUUGUAAUUCUAAAAAAACCUCCAAACUCCCCCAAAGGGCAUUUUUGGUAUUCCACCCUCUAAAUCUCCAAUCCUCACCACAUCACAUAAAUUCCCCCCCUCCAAAAAACCCCACUUUUAUUCAAUCCAAACCCAAAAAUCCCAAAAAAAAAAAAAAAAAAAAAAAAAAAAAAAAAAAAAAAAAACUCAAUUUUUUUCCUUCCAUUUUAUUUUCUUCAUUCUUCAAUGGAGAUAACUCCAUUUCUCCUCCUAUUCUUCACCCUUUUCCUCCACAAUAUCCACCCAAUAACCACCCUAACUCCGGCCAUUUCCCCCUCAAAACCACCCACCUCCGCCCCAACAACCACCGCACACUCAACUCUUGACCCAAAACAACUUAGGGCCCUUCAAUCCCUCAACAUCCCCACUUCCAAAGACCCUUGCUCUAAUCCUCCCUCCCUACACAAUGCCAUCCGUUGCGACACUGCGAAACCUUUCCGCCAUUUACUCUCACUCCACUUAAUCAAUUGUUCCGAUGAUAUAUCACUGUCAAUUACCGCCCUCAAAUCACUCUCUACCCUGCAAGAUCUCGAGUUCAUCAACUGCCCUGUUGCGCCUGUCCCCUUCCCUUCCGAGCUCGCCUCGAAUUUAAAAUCGUUCACUUGUAUAAACAGUCUCAAGAAGCUCUCAGGAGUCUGGCUUAGUAAGCUGGAGAAUGUCACAGAUCUUACUGUCAUUGAUGUUCCAAUCAAGGCGAGCGGUCCUGUUAUUGUUGUAGCUCAUCUAAGUAAGGUGUACAAAGUCGUAAUGUCUCGUGCCAAUCUCACCGGAGGUUUGCCGGGUAAAUCAUGGAAUGCGAAUGUUUCGCACAUCGAUUUAUCCGGUAAUUUGUUGAAGGGUAAGAUUCCUACUUCAAUUACUGAACUAGAGAACUUGGUACAUCUCAAUUUAUCCUCGAAUCAGCUCACUGGGGAGUUACCCUCUACUAUGGGUGACCUCAUUGAGCUGCGAAACCUCUCAGCUUCAUCCAAUUCCUUAUCUGGGCCGAUUCCGGAAUCCCUGAAAUCAAUCCCAUCCUUAAUUUCCCUUGAUCUGGGGUCUAACCAGUUCAACGGGAGUAUCCCGAGUUUUCUGGGUAAAAUGAAGGGUUUGAAGCAUUUGAAUCUAGAAAAGAAUAAUUUCCAAGGGGUGUUACCCUUCAAUGAGUCAUUUAUCAAGAAAUUAGUUGUUUUCAAGAUUGGGGAAAAUACCAAUUUGUGCUACAAUCGUACCACAUUGUCAUCGAAAUUAAAACUUGGCAUUGCUCCUUGUGACAAGAAUGGGUUCCCAUUGUCGCCUCCGGCGCAAUCGCCGUCGAGCGACGAUGAAGGUGAUGAUGAUGAUAGCACUUCGGAGGAUUCUAUAAGUGAGAAAGGUGGUGGACAUCAUGGUCCUAAUAAGGUUGUUCUUGGUGUUGCUAUUGCUCUUUCUUCUAUUGUUUUCUUGAUUAUUUUCCUAAUUCUAUUAUCAAGGAGGUGUGCAUGAUUAUUUUAGAGAUUAUAUUUUUAUUUUUUUAGGUUUGUUAUUAUUAUUAGAUUAGAUUGGAUUAUUGAAAAUUGUCAAAUUGAACAAAGAAAAAGGGGUCAUUUUUUUUUUUUUAGCUCUAUACAUUGCCAAUUAGCAAAAGAGGAAAUUGGCAAAAUUGGAGUAGGAGAAGCCAGAAGGGUAUUUUUCCAUUAUUUUUUUCAAUAUUGGUGUGAUUAUUUUUGUUAUUUUGUUGUAUUUUUUUUUUUAAAAAAAAAUAUUAUUAUUAUGAAAUGAAAUAUUGAUAUGCCAGUCAAUCUUGAUUAUAUACUGGAUGUUGAGAUUAUGGCUGCAUAAUUAUUAAUGCAUGUUAUAGGAUGAAGCAAAAAAAAUUUAUAUAUUUA